GAGAACAAAAAGCUCUAUUCUCUGCUCCCAGACUUUAUACCAAAUCCCUGCCAGGUGUCUGCCCUCUGGUCAAAAUGAGAAAUUGGCAAAGGGGUGCAAACAUAUCACAGUAUUGGGAAACAACAAAAGGUCACCCCUUUAUCAUGAUGCUCUUUCUCUUUUAUGUGCUCGCAAUAUUCUGAUAUAAUUUAUAGAGAAUAGAUACUGCACUUUUUACUCUCUGGAUAUUUACUGCUGGAAAUCUGAGGCAAACUGUAAUAAGCUCUGCCAUGCCAGUUAUAAAAUUCAUUAUCUUAUUCUAUGUUCAGAGAUUUUUCUACUAGCUGACAUUACCCUCUUUGUAAUAAACAAUGAAAAACACAUCUUCUGAGUUAUAUUAAUCUGUAUCUUUAGAACAGGAAAUAAUAGCACUCUGUCAAAAGUUCAGUAUAAUUUUCAUAUUAAUAAAAGACAUUAAACUAUGUAAAAAUAAUUCCACGUACAAUAUAUUAUAAUAACAAUGACUUCCAAUAUUUACUAAGAAUUUAGUCAGAAAACAAGUUUCUCAAAUUAUAGAUGAAUAUUCUCUACUAGUAUCAUAAUCUUAACGUUUAAUUCAGGUCUUCCUAAUUUUUAUUUUCCUAAUUGCUUGGCACUAAAAAUAAUUUAAUACAACAAAUAAAAAUAUUUUUUACUUCAAAUACUUGCCUAAACAAUAUAAAAUCAUUUUAGUUUUUGAGGAAGUAAUAUUUCAUAUUUUAAAUAUGUAGUAUAAAUUAAAACUGACUUAUUUGAAUUACAAUAAGACUUGUGUGAGGAUUAGUAAGAUUUAAGUACAGUUUAUAUUAUUGCCAACAUAGACUUUUGUUUUUCAAAUGUCACAAAUAUCUUUUAUUAUUUGUAGAUUUAUUUCUUUUAUGAAGUAGUCAAAUGAAUCAGCUCACCCUUGACUGUAACAAAAUACUGCUUGGUGACUUGUGACAGACAGGGUUUUAACCUCUGACAGCGAGAUUCAUUGUGGAGCAAGAGCCAAUCAUAGAUCCUGACGACACUUGUCUCAUCUAAGUUGGAAUAUAAAAAGCCACUUGGAAUACAGUAUAAAAGAUUCACUGGUGUGGCAAGUUGUCUCUCAGACUGUACAUGCAUUAAAAUUUUGCUUGGCAUUACUCAAAAGCAAACGAAAAGUAAAAGGAAGAAACAAGAACAAGAAAAAAAGAUUAUAUUGAUUUUAAAAUCAUGCAAAAACUGCAACUCUGUGUUUAUAUUUACCUGUUUAUGCUGAUUGUUGCUGGUCCAGUGGAUCUAAACGAGAACAGUGAGCAAAAAGAAAAUGUGGAAAAAGAGGGGCUGUGUAAUGCAUGUACUUGGAGACAAAACACUAAAUCUUCAAGAAUAGAAGCCAUUAAAAUACAAAUCCUCAGUAAACUUCGUCUGGAAACAGCUCCUAACAUCAGCAAAGAUGCUAUAAGACAACUUUUACCCAAAGCUCCUCCACUCCGGGAACUGAUUGAUCAGUAUGAUGUCCAGAGGGAUGACAGCAGCGAUGGCUCUUUGGAAGAUGACGAUUAUCACGCUACAACGGAAACAAUCAUUACCAUGCCUACAGAGUCUGAUUUUCUAAUGCAAGUGGAUGGAAAACCCAAAUGUUGCUUCUUUAAAUUUAGCUCUAAAAUACAAUACAAUAAAGUAGUAAAGGCCCAACUAUGGAUAUAUUUGAGACCCGUCGAGACUCCUACAACAGUGUUUGUGCAAAUCCUGAGACUCAUCAAACCUAUGAAAGACGGUACAAGGUAUACUGGAAUCCGAUCUCUGAAACUUGACAUGAACCCAGGCACUGGUAUUUGGCAGAGCAUUGAUGUGAAGACAGUGUUGCAAAAUUGGCUCAAACAACCUGAAUCCAACUUAGGCAUUGAAAUAAAAGCUUUAGAUGAGAAUGGUCAUGAUCUUGCUGUAACCUUCCCAGGACCAGGAGAAGAUGGGCUGAAUCCCUUUUUAGAGGUCAAGGUAACAGACACACCAAAAAGAUCCAGAAGGGAUUUUGGUCUUGACUGUGAUGAGCACUCAACAGAAUCGCGAUGCUGUCGUUACCCUCUAACUGUGGAUUUUGAAGCUUUUGGAUGGGAUUGGAUUAUCGCUCCUAAAAGAUAUAAGGCCAAUUACUGCUCUGGAGAGUGUGAAUUUGUAUUUUUACAAAAAUAUCCUCAUACUCAUCUGGUACACCAAGCAAACCCCAGAGGUUCAGCAGGCCCUUGCUGCACUCCCACAAAGAUGUCUCCAAUUAAUAUGCUAUAUUUUAAUGGCAAAGAACAAAUAAUAUAUGGGAAAAUUCCAGCCAUGGUAGUAGACCGCUGCGGGUGCUCAUGAGAUUUAUAUUAAGCGUUCAUAACUUCCUAAAACAUGGAAGGUUUUCCCCUCAACAAUUUUGAAGCUGUGAAAUUAAGUACCACAGGCUAUAGGCCUAGAGUAUGCUACAGUCACUUAAGCAUAAGCUACAGUAUGUAAACUAAAAGGGGGAAUAUAUGCAAUGGUUGGCAUUUAACCAUCCAAACAAAUCAUACCAGAAAGUUUUAUGAUUUCCAGAGUUUUUGAGCUAGAAGGAGAUCAAAUUACAUUUAUGUUCCUAUAUAUUACAACAUCGGCGAGGAAAUGAAAGUGAUUCUCCUUGCGUUCUGAUGAAUUAAAGGAGUAAGCUUUAAAGUCUAUUUCUUUAAAGUUUUGUUUAAUAUUUACAGAAAAAUCUACAUACAGUAUUGGUAAAAUGCAGGAUUGUUAUAUACCAUCAUUCGAAUCAUCCUUAAACACUUGAAUUUAUAUUGUAUGGUAGUAUACUUGGUAAGAUAAAAUUCCACAAAAAUAGGGAUGGUGUAGCAUAUGCAAUUUCCAUUCCUAUUAUAAUUGACACAGUACAUUAACAAUCCGUGCCAAUGGUGCUAAUACGAUAGGCUGAAUGUCUGAGGCUACCAGGUUUAUCAUAUAAAAAACAUUCAGUAAAAUAGUAAGUUUCUCUUUUCUUCAGGUGCAUUUUCCUACACCUCCAAAUGAGGAAUGGAUUUUCUUUAAUGUAAGAAGAAUCAUUUUUCUAGAGGUUGGCUUUCAAUUUUGUAGCGUACUUGGAGAAACUGCAUUAUCUUAAAAGGCAGUCAAAUGGUAUUUGUUUUUAUCAAAAUGUCAAAAUAACAUACUUGGAGAAGUAUGUAAUUUUGUCUUUGGAAAAUUACAACACUGCCUUUGCAACACUGCAGUUUUUAUGGUAAAAUAAUAGAAAUGAUCGACUCUAUCAAUAUUGUAUAAAAAGACUGAAACACUGCAUUUAUAUAAUAUGUAUACAAUAUUGUUUUGUAAAUAAGUGUCUCCUUUUUUAUUUACUUUGGUAUAUUUUUACACUAAGGACAUUUCAAAUUAAGUACUAAGGCACAAAGACAUGUCAUGCAUCACAGAAAAGCAACUACUUAUAUUUCAGAGCAAAUUAGCAGAUUAAAUAGUGGUCUUAAAACUCCAUAUGUUCAUGAUUAGAUGGUUAUAUUACAAUCAUUUUAUAUUUUUUUACAUGAUUAACAUUCACUUAUGGAUUCAUGAUGGCUGUAUAAUGUGAAUUUGAAAUUUCAAUGGUUUACUGUCAUUGUGUUUAAAUCUCAACGUUACAUUAUUUUAAUACUUGCAAAAACAUUACUAAGCAUACCAAAAUAAUUGACUGUUGUCUGAAAUGAAGAAUAAACUGAUGCUAUCUCAACAAUAACUGUUACUUUUAUUUUAUAAUUUGAUAAUGAAUAUAUUUCUGCAUUUAUUUACUUCUGUUUUGUAAAUUGGGAUUUUGUUAAUCAAAUUUAUUGUACUAUGACUAAAUGAAAUUAUUUCUUACAUCUAAUUUGUAGAAACAAUAUAAGUUAUAUUAAAGUGUUUUCACUUUUUUUGAAAGACA